AUGUCCCCCCAUCCACUCCUCCUACAGAUAUUUCAGUCAUCAGGUAUCUCCCCCUCCACUCUCACUCAAAAAGGUAAUCUCUUCUCCUCCCCAUCCCACAAUUACAUAACUAAAGUCGGUCCUGACAUUCUUCAAAUCAGAGCGGAAGCGUUCGGUCUUCGUGCCAUGUCCCUAACAGCACCAGAUCUCAUCCCCCGACCUCUUGGGUUUCAAAUAGACAAUCAGACAGCCGGUUUCAUCUCCGAGUAUCUACAUCUCACUCGGUAUGUCGGUCAAGAGAGUCAGAGGGAAUUAGGGAGACAGUUAGCAGAAAUGCAUAGAAAACCUCCGGAAGGUACUGCGGGGUAUACUGGGUUGUACGGAUUUGACGUACCUACUUUCUGUGGAAGGACGGAACAGGAUAAUACUUGGGAAGAAAGUUGGGAGGUUUUCUUUAGAGAUAGACAUGAAUGGGAGAUAAUGAAAGAAAAAAGAGUAGUGUCAUUACUAUUGACAAACUUUUAUCCUCCACCAGAACCAGUCAUCAUUCAUGGAGACCUCUGGUCUGGGAAUGUGGGAUGGGAAAAAGAUACAGGUAGACCGGUUAUAUUUGAUCCUGCUUGUUAUUGGGGACAUAAUGAGGUGGAAUUGGGUAUGACUCAUAUGUUUGGUGGGCGUCUAGCACACCCAUCUUACUGA